UCCAACGCUUUAAAUACGUCAUACUAAAUUCGAUGCUCGCCAGUCAAGAAGCCGGAACGGAGACUAUUUAAACUAGCGGAAUUUAAACUGUUUAACGUCUGCUUCAAAAAUUUUUGUUCAAACAAUAAUUUGUUGGAUAUUACGAGAACUAUUUAAUAGUUCUCACUAAAUGCACUAGAUGAUGCCGGUAGUCUACAAACCAUCUAAAUUUGUGAUCUACUGUCUGUAUUUCAAGUAUCGUUAUUGGCCCUCCUCACGCACAUAUUCCGUGUAUCGUCUGCGGCUUAAAACUCUGAUAAAAUAAUUAAUGGAGUUUAAUCAGCAGUACGGAAAUCCACAUGGAUUUAUCAACCACAGCCUUGCCGGCUGCGAUGCGUUUAAUAUGAGUCAACGUUCGCUGGACACUGGAAUGGGUCCUGAUGGCCUGGAACAAAAUAUCGGCUGCAUAUCUCCCGCUUCAGGAGGCAGCCGAACCGCCAGGAAAUCAUCAAAACGGCAUGACGGAAGCCGCUCGAGAAGGCAUUUAGUGUCCAAUAAAAUGCUCGAUCUUCAGGAGAGCGCAAAGAAAGGCGAUGCAGCGUUUAAAAUGGGAAUACGAUAUGUUAGAGAAUUGAAAGAUCACCUAACCGCAAGAUCGCCGCAGUAUCUGUCUCGGCCAAUCAGCUCCUUAUCACCUUCAGCUAAUUCGCCUUACUGCGGUUCUUCGUUUCCUGGAUUUUGGCCUCCAUAUAGCCCAGAAAGUGGCUCUCCAUGCGGAUCGACUACUGGAGUAAACAGCAGCUUUGGUCACUCUCCGGAAUUUACAACGGGGAACCACAAUCAUCAAAGGCCAUCAAGGUUUCCCUGGGACGCGUCGCCUCGCUCCGGUUCUCCUUUAACGAAUUUUUGGCCUCCAGCUAGUCCAGAGAACAGCUCUCCAUGCGGACUGACGACUGAAAUCAAUCGCAAUUUUGGCUGCCCUCCAGGAUAUACAACGGGAAAUCACAGUCACCAAAGGUCACCAAAUUCUUAUGGGGACACGCCGCAUGACUGGUAUCAUCACGGGAAUCCAGCUGAAAAUAUUCCACUUUCGCCAUUGGCACGGUUCAGAGGCUGUGUUCCGGAUUCUGAAGACAGUGAAUUGGACUACCCGAGCAGCUCAACCAGCAGCCGAAUACCAUCGCCGCGCAUGGAGCAAAACCCACCGGAAAUUUUCGUAAUGGAUAUGUUUUCAGAACCGGAAGUACCGAACUUUAGUCUUCAUAUCACUGGCAAUCAAACGAUCCCAGCCGAUGUCUGCACUACGCCUGUGAACGCUAGCACAAGUCCAGUAGAUUCUUCCGGUGCCGACCGCACGCCUGCCAACAUAUGUUUUAAUCUACUGCAAUCUUCCACACGGUCACCGCCUGUCUGGGAUUUACCGCCCGAUUCAGAACGCCGGACGCAUAGUUGGGCUACGUACGAAAAAGAAGCUGCACCAGAAACAGUACCAUCUAUACAUGUGACCUGCGCAUGUGGUAAAAAUUAUGGCCACACGGAUUUACACGACUGCACAUUCGACACAACUUUUGGAACUGUCACUGAACAUUUAUUCCAUCCUAACAUAUAACUUCUGAGCAUUCCAUGUUAUCUAUCUAACAAGGUGUUAAGACAUUUCCAAUCCUAUGGAGAUGAAAUUCUGGAUAAUAUCAGAGCUAACGAAGCAUAACAGCAUACCCAUUAUUUUUGAAAUCCUUUUUUUUGUGUUGCCAGCAUUAAUACGUGUCCGUUUCACAAAUUUAUUUAAUGGUUUUUAUAAUUAUCUGUUUAUUGCAUGCACCAUUUUUUACUCGAUCUCGGUGUUGUAACUGAUUCACUUGUUGGAUUUCGAGUUCGCACAUGUCGAUCGCGCACAUUUCUUAAAGAAUAAAGAU